AUGGCAGACCUCCAAGGAAGAAAGGUCUUCAAGGUCUUCAACCAAGACUUUAUCGUCGAUGAGAGAUACACAGUCACCAAGGAGCUUGGUCAAGGAGCUUAUGGUAUUGUUUGUGCUGCUACGAAUUCUCAAACACAAGAAGGGGUCGCAAUUAAGAAAGUUACAAAUGUCUUCAGCAAGAAGAUUUUGGCAAAGCGUGCGCUGCGUGAGAUAAAGUUGUUACAACAUUUCAGAGGUCAUCGUAACAUUACUUGCCUCUAUGAUAUGGAUAUUCCUCGACCAGAUAAUUUCAAUGAAACCUAUCUCUAUGAAGAGCUUAUGGAGUGUGAUCUCGCUGCUAUCGUACGAUCCGGUCAACCCCUCACUGAUGCACAUUUCCAAUCUUUCAUCUACCAAAUCCUUUGUGGUCUAAAAUAUAUUCAUUCUGCGAAUGUUCUUCAUCGUGAUUUGAAGCCCGGUAAUUUGCUGGUCAAUGCCGACUGCGAGUUGAAGAUUUGUGAUUUUGGUCUUGCUAGAGGUUUCUCUGUCGACCCCGAAGAGAAUGCUGGAUACAUGACCGAAUACGUUGCUACAAGAUGGUAUCGUGCCCCUGAAAUUAUGUUGAGCUUCCAGAGCUAUACAAAAGCUAUCGAUGUAUGGUCGGUAGGAUGUAUCCUCGCAGAAUUGCUAGGUGGUCGCCCUUUCUUCAAAGGUAGAGAUUAUGUUGAUCAACUCAACCAAAUUUUACAUAUCCUUGGUACACCAAAUGAAGAAACUCUCUCAAGAAUUGGAUCGCCACGAGCACAGGAAUACGUUCGAAAUCUCCCAUUUAUGGCGAAGCGACCCUUCCCAACUUUAUUCCCCAACGCCAACCCCGAUGCUCUUGACCUUCUUGAUCAUAUGUUAGCAUUCGACCCAUCCUCCCGUAUCGAUGUCGAAACUGCCCUCGAACACCCAUACCUUCACAUUUGGCAUGAUGCCUCUGAUGAGCCUGGAUGUCCAACAACAUUUAACUUCGAUUUUGAGGUUGUGGAAGAUGUAGGCGAGAUUAGAAAGUUGAUCUUGGAAGAAGUUCACAGAUUUAGACAACAUGUCCGUGUUCAACCUGGUCAACAAGGUCAAAGCAACGGUCCUCAAGUACCAAUACCACAAGAGCAAGCAAGCUGGCGUGCUGAAGAUCCAAGACCACAAGAAGCUUAUGGACAAGGACCAAAUGAUCUUGAACAAGAUUUACAAGGUGGUUUGGAUGCUAUGCGAUCGUAG